AAUAAAAAAUUUAGUUUCAGUUUAUUCAACGGAGACUUGAUUUCACCAAUCACAUUGCGGCGCCCCAAACUUUCCACCAAUCAGAGAAGCUCGUGGAACUUUAGAGAAAGUUUGCGGAGCCGCUCGCGCACCUCGGUCUGUUGUGGUCCGCUGUCUGUCUGUAGGUGGUGAAGCCCGGAUGGGGACACUUUUGUUUUUAUGCUAAUAUUUCUUUUACGAACCGCGGCGCUUUUGUCAACGCUCAGGUUUAUAUGGGGGAGAAUGACGACAUGUAUCUGUGGUUGAGAAAGCGCACGCAGCAGUGUUUCUGAAGACCUCUCGAGAUCUGCUGUAGCCAUGAGUUGUUUGGAUGUUAUGUAUCAUCAGAGUUAUGGAGCUCAUCAUUACCUGCCUGCGACAUCAGCGGCAGCUGCGGCGUAUAAAGCGGCAUAUUAUCAUCAUCAUCAGCAGCAACAACAACAGCAUCAGCAGCAGAAGAAGUUCGGUGCCUACAGCAGGAUGCAGGAUUCUCAAGAGUUUUCCUCUCACUGUGGUCAUAAUAAGCAGCACGCAACGGCGAAGCCCCGUUCUGCUCCUGAGCUCCAGAGAGACGAGGAGCAGAACGCUGGAGAAGAGGAGCGGUGUAAGGAGACGCAGCAGCCUGCUGAGGCGGAGUACUUGAGCUCCAGGUGUGUGGUGUUCACCUAUUUUCGUGGAGACAUCGGGGACGUGGUGGAUGAACAUUUUUCUCGAGCUUUGAGUCAGCCUAGCACCUUCACCGGUGAUGCUAAAACCAGCAGGAUUCAUUCUGGAGGACCAUGGAAAGAUGGAGGCUCUAACUCUGAGAGUCAGUGUGGCUCUAUAUCAUCGUCUCUGUGGGGCAGCGGCUACCUAUCUCAGACCAGUCCGUGUGUCCCCUCCUCGCACCCUGACUUCCCCCACACCACAGCUUUUCACCCUGCAGACACUGGCAUCUGGAGCAGCCACAACCUUACGCAGACCGGCCUGCCCCCACAUUCUGGUCUCACUGACUCUUGGCACUAUGGCCUGGGAGCCCAGAGCGGAGCGGGAUAUGCCCACGUUCAUGAGAUGUACCCUCACAUGCAUCCGCGGCACCCGCAUGCACAUUCCCACGCCCAUCACAUGCUCCAUCACGCUCACAGCCCCGCUCUGGACCCACGUUUCAGCCCACUUUUGAUACCUGGUGUGAGAGCAUCUUGUAGCCCGACUUCAUGCACAGAUGGAAUCAAGACAGAGUUGGAACCAAGCAGCAUCCCGGGACCUACCUGGCCUGCUUCUUUCCAUGGGUCGGUGGAUAUCUAUGAGACAGCACUUGAGCAAGAUAAAGCAAAGGCCAGUGUUUGGUUCUGAGAAGAUUCGGUGGGACUUUAUGCCUUAGACGGGACCAUUUCUGUUGCGUCCGCGGGACUGAAUGUGGAAUCUUUCCCCACAAGGCUUUCUUGGGAACUAUUCAGGGAAACAUCACUCUUUAUCAGUGAGACAAGCACAAAAACAGCUUUGGGGAAAACGAGUGUUUUUGUAAAGCAUACCAUCCUGUCUGCGUUUGUGCCCUCGUGGACCGAGAUCAGAUCCAAUUCAGAGGGACUCUUCUGCCAUCUGGGCUUUUACAGACUUUCUGGUAAAGUGGUAUCUACUGUUCAACAAUGCCACAUACCCCAAAUAAGGUUUAAGAGGUAUAUCUCCUUUCUUUACACAAAAGAGAGGUUUCUCAUUGGUUGAUGCUUUAGAGCCGUAUUAAUGUACUUAUCACAGGUUCUGUUGAAAGAACUGAUUGUCUUAGUACGGUAAAACGUGUGAAUGUUGGAUAAACAGUGGACUUUUAAAUAAAAAUCUUUAUUUACUUUAAUAUAUUUGUCUAAAGUAGUCUUGGUAUGUUACUGAUUUAUUUUUGUGUUCGCAAUAUGGUUUGUUAUGAUGUCAUUGUCUUGCCUUUGGGGAAUAAGUCAACAAGUGUUAAUGCUAAUAAUAAACUGCUGAGUUUUAUUGGCAAAAAAAUUCCGUUUGAAUGCGUUGAUUUCAUCAAUAUGAAUACUUAAAUAUUGUUUUAUUAUUAUAUAAUGUGUUAAUUAUUUACAUUUUCCUGAUGUAAGGCAUUUGAAAAGUUACUUAUGAGAGGGCUUGCAUUGCUCUCUUGUAGUCUUGACCAAUUUUGGAAGCAAAAUACAGACAGCGCAAAAUCCCAAAAGGGAUAGUGUCAUACCAUUCACAUUUAGCACCACGAAAUCUGGGAUAUGUCAUAAACUGUAUUAAAUUCGAAAAAUGCGAAUGCUCAUAAAUGUCAAAAGCUGGUAUGUGCUUCCUGUCUGGCAAGAAAGUUCAACCCAAAACAAAUUGAACAAUUGUAGUUUAAACAGACUCCUAAAUCUAUUGAAGAUAUGUCCUAAUAGAGAUUGUGAUAAAGCAGAAGAAUGUGGAGAUAUGCCUCUCUGUGUAGCUUCGACCCAGAUCCACCCAAAGAAUGCAAGGAGCGCAAAAUAUGCACUCUGGUGUGAAAUUGAACAUCAUUUUGGAGAGCUGAAGCUUUAAAUAUUUUAUGCAAGCACUGUGCCAUAUAUUGCGUUAUAUUUCUCGUAAAAAACAGCUGUAGGAUUGGUCAUCUUGUGAGUGGAGAAAUGUAGUAGUUAGUGUGAGUGGAGGAUUAAGGAGUGAGAUGUCUGACCAGGUGGCCAAUAUGACCUUAAGACCUCACCAACUGCUUCAUAUUGAGGCAUAAUUAGAAAUGAUGUCAUAUGUCUCACAUAGACUAAUAUAAAAAUACAAAAAGCAGAUUACAAGAGGAAAGUCUUUGCAACAAUCCCGAGUUUGUUUCUGACCUUUGUCCAUGUUUGAGCAUUGAAAAACGUUGAUCAUUAAAAUAAAACUACGGGACAGAAAUAAUGGCUGUUCGUGGUCUAGUGGAUGAAUAAGACUGCUUAUAUUAGAUAUAUAUAUAUAUCAUCAUUCUGCUUUACUAAUUGCUUUAUUUGAUUAUAUAAGUUUUGAGGAAGAGAGAUUCUCAAGUGGCCCUAAUAGACAGCAAAGCAGCAGAUACAUGAGGAAUACUGAGACCUGGAAGCUAAACUACUUUUACAAGAGUAACAUCAUCAUCAUUAACAGAAAACACAUGGGUUCUGAUAUACUUUGUGUUUCCAGUGUUGAAUAAUGACAAAGAAAGAUCGACAGGCCAGCGUAGUGGACACAUGGGAGGUUCUUCUGCAUAAUGAAUCUAUAAAAAUUGUUUAUAUGAUUAAAGCAAUAGUUUACCCAUAUGAAGAUUAUGUCAGUUUAAUCAUCAUCUUGUGCUAUGAAAAUCCAUUUGACUUGUUGAACACAAAAUGUAUUUAUAGCAAUUAAAUGACCAACGAAUGUAAAAUCUACACACUGUUAAAAAUGUCAUUUACAGUAUUACUGGCAGCUGUUUGCCAGUAAUUUACUGUAGAUUUAAAUUGAUGUUUUUUACUGACAACAGUUUGUUCAAAGUUAAAUGAACAUCAAACAUUAACCAGUCUUUAUCUU